AUGUGGAAGCUGAAAAUGUCGGAAAGAGAUGGUGAGGAUGAUCCAGUGUGGCUUCCAAGUUCAAACAACCAUAUUGGUAGGAAUUAUUGGAAGUUUGAACCAAAUUCUGGAACACCUCAGCAGAAAGAACUUGUUGAGAGGGCUCAAGAGGAGUUUCGUCUGAAUAGAUUUCAGAAAAAGCAUAGCUCUGACCUUAUUAUGAGGAUUCAGUUUGCGGGGGAGAAUCCACGCAAUACGGAUAUUUUACCAGCUGUAAAAGUCGAUGGUGAAGAAAAAGUUACAUCGGACGCAGUGAGAACAACCUUGAGAAGGGCAAUAGGAUUUUAUUCAACUCUUCAGGCAGAGGAUGGACAUUGGCCUAGUGAUUACGGUGGCCCUCUAUUUCUCUUGCCUGGCCUGGUCAUAAGCUUAUUCGUCAUGGGUGUCAGUGAUGAAGCGCUAUCAGAGGAGCACAAAAUAGAAAUCCGACGUUACUUCUAUAAUCAUCAAAAUGAGGAUGGAGGAUGGGGUUUGCAUAUAGAAGGUCACAGCGUCAUGUUCUGCACUGUCCUCACUUACGUUUCUCUAAGACUGCUGGGAGAAUCGCCGGAAGGCGGAAAUGGAGCAAUGAGGAAUGCGAGGAGUUGGAUUCUUGAUCAUGGAGGAGCUACAUUCAUUCCUUCAUGGGGAAAGUUCUGGCUUUCGGUUCUUAACAUGAUUUGCUCUUGGGUGGAGAAUCCCAAUUCAAAGGCAACCAAAUGUCACAUUGCAAGGAUAAAGGACUACUUGUGGGUAGCAGAAGAUGGCCUGAAAAUGAAGACUGUACUGUUACUAUCUGUACUCCCUCCGUCCCAUAAUUAUUGUUUUGUCAAAGGAAGCAUUGAUGUACAUUUGUCUUUGGGAUGGAAUAGGUAUGGCUGCUGGGGAGUCUGCUACACCUAUGGAACUUGGUUCGGCAUAGCAGCUUUAGUGCUGGGAGGAAGGACUUAUGAGAACUGUCUAGGCAUUAGAAAGGCUUGUGAUUUCUUGCUGUCCAAACAACUUGAGUCUGGUGGUUGGGGAGAAAGCUACCUUUCUUGCCAAAACAAGGUAUACACAAAUAUUGAAGGGAACAUGUCGCAUAAUGUUAAUACCGCGUGGGCGAUGUUAGCCCUUAUUCAAGCAGAACAGGCCAAAAGAGAUCCCAUUCCUUUACAUCGUGCUGCAAAGGUGCUGAUCAAUUCUCAAAUGGAAAAUGGAGACUUUCCCCAACAGGAGAUAAGUGGUGUAUUCAACAAAAACUGCAUGAUAAGCUGCUCAGCCUACAAAAGCAUUUUCCCCAUAUGGGCACUUGGAGUUUACCUAAACCAAGUACUGUUGCAGAACCUCUGA